AUAAGCCUCCUCUCUCCCUCUCCCUCUCUCUCUAUCUCUCUCUCUCCCUCUCCCUCUUUCUCUAUAAAGAGUUCAGUAACCUACAUCAAGGGCCAGUUGGGAUUGAAAAAAAUAUAAACAUACCUCGUACAUUUGGAUAUAUGCAGGUUACAGAUCAACCUCUGAAAAUGAGGAAGCCAGAGCCCUCCUCCUGCUCCUCCUCCUCCUCCUCCUCGGCUGGGAAAGACAUAAUGAACGUCCAAAAUUCCAACAACAAAUUACUUAGGAAAGGCUUGUGGUCACCGGAAGAGGAUGACAAGCUCAUGAAUUAUAUGCUGAACAAUGGCCAAGGUUGUUGGAGUGACGUGGCCAGAAAUGCUGGCUUGCAGAGGUGUGGGAAGAGCUGCCGCCUUCGUUGGAUUAAUUACUUGAGGCCUGACCUUAAGCGUGGCGCAUUCUCUCCCCAAGAAGAAGCCCUCAUCAUCCAUUUGCACUCUCUUCUUGGCAACAGGUGGUCUCAAAUUGCAGCACGCUUGCCAGGACGAACUGACAAUGAAAUAAAGAACUUUUGGAAUUCAACUGUAAAGAAGAGGCUAAGGAACUUGCAGUCAGGAUCACCUUCACCAAACACAAGCGAUUAUUCAUCAUCGCCAAAAGAUCAAGUCAUGGGCGGGCUCAUUUCCAUGCAAGAACAAGCUGGCAUCAUGCCCAUGUACAUGGAUUCAUCAUCAUCAUCAUCUUCCAUGCAGGCUAUGGCUCUAAACCAGAUGGUCGAUCCAUUGCAUAUGCUCCAGCAUGACCUAAACAUGUCCAAUAAUAUUGCAAGUGGAUACUUUAAUGCACCACAAUACGUGGCUCAAAUUGAUCUAGGUGAAAAUGAUCUUCCUGGAGGAAAUGGGGCCCAGCUUGGAGAUGUUGAUAUUGGGUUUGAUGGGGAAAUGUUUGUUCCUCCUUUAGAGAGCGUAGGGAUUGAGGAGCAAGUUGAAACGGAAAAUACAUAUAAUAGGGCAAUGAAUAAUAACACCUUCCAUAACACGAACAACAACAACAUUAACAGAGCAGAAAACUUAGCUCGGGUUGGAAAUUGUUGGGAGGUAGAAGAGCUUAGAAUGGGGGAAUGGGACUUGGAGGAGUUUAUGAAAGAUGUUCCCUCCUUUCCUUUAGUUGAUUUCCAGUUCAGUAAUUGAUUCAUGAACUUCCAAA